AUGUCCGCCGCCAUCCUCCUCUCUGGUAGGGUUUGCAUAUGCAUGACACGAUUACCUUUCAGGUUUCCGUUAGCAGUGGGGACUCUAGAGCAAAACUAUCGGGAGGCCUCUCUCCUACCUAUACCGAUAAGCGUUUAACUCGCUUAUAUAUUCGCAUUAGAUGACACCCCUGGGAUGAGCAUGUCCGGCGUAAAAGAUGUCGACGUGUGAGCUCUAAGUCCCACAGUGGACAGUGAAAAUACAAAUGGCAGCUGUGAAGGAGAUGGUAAUGAGCCUCGACAAACAAGAAUUAAACAAUGAGGCCCUGAGUCUAGACGUUCAACGUCUGACGGCAUCCUCCGCACUAACGGCAGCAAACGAAGGCCCAGUUCAACAACAGAUCUCUAAUAGCAAUGAAAGCCGACUCUAAGUUAGACUGUCGGCAUUCGCUAAUUGCUGCUAUUUGAUUGGCUCUCGCGGCCCAGGGGCCUGGCGUCGUUAACGGCGCUGAUGACUGCUCGCUUGAUUAUUGGCAAAUCGAUCAGAUAACGCGCUUGCUUUCGCGCGAGCGCUCUGUCGGGCCAUUUCCUGCUCGCCCACGUUGCUGCGCGCAUGCGGUUUCUGCUCUCGCGUUGUCCAUUGACCCUGCACAUAUUCUCUGUUUCCAUAACCCUGUUUUCUUGUUUUAUCGUAGAUGCUGACGAAGAUAUCGAAGCGAACAAUCAGAAGACGUGUUCAGCGUGGUCUUCGCGCACGUUUUCAAGCAACUGCAGAGAAUAUGAGGAAAAGGUAUCCGUCCGACUCAGCGUCAUCCUCGUGGAAUAGUACCUUAUCCUCCAAUUCCUACACCCACACGGAGACUUGUUCUUCUGACGAAGAAGCUUGUUUCCCUUAAACGGCUCCGUACACUAAGCUAGAUGAAUCUACACGAGAGACAGUGAGUUUUUACAUAGACUUGACUCUCCUAAUCAUAUUGUCCUGCUGGGUUGCAGAUUGCUAUGUCCAGCAGCGAGGGAAAAAGUAGAAGGAAGCAGCCGAAACGAUCGGCCAAAAAUCCGUAUGAAAAGGAGGGGGUUUGGACCUUCCCCGUACUCUCCUCGUCUUCAGUAGGACUGUGAUUUGAAUAACAUUUCCUCCAUUUCAGAAGUCGGAUACGGAUCACAGCGACUCCAGUGCGACCAGGAACUUAGACGGGUCUCCACACGCAGGUAUUUGUCAUCUCAACUGACCUGUUUGCCCUAGGCAUGAGAAGAAGGUAUCGAAAGCGUCGACGCGACACCUCGCCAUCAAGGCGCAGGAAGAAUACUUUGAAAGUCUGUCUGCGCUGGAUCAUGGAAAAUUUGGUCCAUACGGCAAAGACCGUAGAAGACAUGAAAAUUAAAUUAGAUAUCCUCUACGACAGCCGCCAGGGACAUGGAUGUUUUUGCGGGUCAACACCCACUCCAGCACGUCAUGGGCCCCUGUUCCAGCGGAUGGCUACCCUGGCGGAGCUGGAUGACUUUACAACCGCUAUAAUGUAUACGAAGUUCAGACAGCAAGCGGUAAAUAUACCCUGUAAUUCAACAUUUCUUACUAGAUUUCUUACCUCACGGAUAACGGAGGGGACACUAUUUCCGCCUUCGCGGAUAGAACGUUCAAUAUCCUGUUUGAUGACAGGAUAAUCCUACACCUAACUUUCUACGGCCGGCCCCAGGAGAAGAGGGCUUUCUAUGGAUUCAAACCGUACGGUUUGGUUGUCGGCACAUCAUUCAAUUUCGUUCUAUAACGCAUAUGUCAUGUAACAACAUAGAUGCUUUCAGUGUGGGACGCUGCGCGCAAUUGCGACUAGCACCAACUAGAAAAGGCUUGUUCAAUGUUUCACUUGACACUACAAUUAGUAUCCUCUUCUUCGAUUUCAGACGACGAAAGAAACCAGUCAUCCCCUGACCCGGCCGGUCCCUCAACACAGCCCUAAAUUAGGCCAAUUGUACAUACAGCUUUAAACGGCUUUUUCGCCAUUUGUUUUCGCUCUUUAAGAGAAUAAUACUUUAAAUAAUUCUUUUCGAUAAAAAGCUAUUUUAAAUAAAAAAAACAGCCUUCCUUAUGUCCUGUUUAAGAAAAACCAAAAUUUCGGUGAUGGGGGGGCGAGUGACCAAAAAAAGCGAUAUGCGGACGUGCUUCAGAGUGCUGAAAAGUAAUUGGUCGAACAUUUUUCUCCAGAGCUGCGGCGGAUUCUGGGACCUAUCUAGAGUCUUACUUUUGCGAAAUUAUUUUUGAUGAAACCUCCAGCCACUAAAAGAUCCGGAGUAUGUCAUUGAAAGAGUCGGCCAAGUGAGAAGUUAGCAUAUGAUUACUAACUUUGAGUCUCUUCAGCUCGCUCAAAUUUUACAUGGUUAGUGAGUUUAUUAGUUAGUUUAUUUAGCUAGUUAAUUGUUAGUCAGUUAGUUUAGUUAGGCAGUUUGUCAGUUAGUCUAGUUAGUUAGUCAGUUAGUUAGUCGGUAUAGCUAGUUUAUUAGCAUUAGAUGAGAUGGUACCGACAAAGACAAGGGAAGGGCAUUUGGUUAUUUAGUGAGUUUAGUUUAGUUUGGUUUGUUAAUUAGCUAAUUAAUUUAGUUAGUUCGCUAUUAGUCAGAUAGUUUGGUUAGUUAAUUUAGUUAGUUUGGUUAGUUAGUUAGUUAGUUAGUUAGCUGGUUAGUUAGUUAGAGGGUUAGUAUGGUUGGUUACCAGUCAUUCGUCGGUUAGUUAGUCUAUACAGCUAGUUAGUUACUUAGUGAGUUUGGUUUAGUUUAGUUUGGUUUGUUAGUUAGCUAAUUAGUUUAGUUAGUAAGUUGUUAGUCAGUUAGUUUAGUUAGUUUGGUUAGUUAGUUAAUUAGUUGGUUAGUUGGUUAGAGGGUUAGUAUGGUUAGUAAACAGUCGUUCGCUCUUAAAUUCUCACAUAUCUCACACAAAAUUUAUGUUUCUUUAUGGCUUUUGGCUUCCAGUGGUCCGUCAUCCGGUUAGACAUGGCGAUAUGUAUGUGCCUAUCGACAUUACCAAUAUUAGCAGUGAAUUGCAUGGGAAACGGUCGAUAUUAACGGCUGUAAAUUGGCAAUGGCAUUGUUCAAAGGCAAUUUACCAUCGCAUUUACCCUCCGAUAGCCAUAUUCCUUUGCUUUUUAAUCAUGCUGCAUUUUGCCGUUUAUUUGUUUUAGCUAACCAAGGCCAUUUUCGUCUGUUUACGUUUUGGUUUUUUGGGUUGCGCGCUCGAUUAGAUUCGUCCACAUGUGGCUUUAGGUAACGCAUCGCGAUGGGGGGGGCGAAAAUACGAGCGAUUAGAAAACGCGAUAUGCGCACGGGUUUCAGAGUGCUGAAUAGUGAUUGGUCGAACAUUUUCAUGCGAGCAACGACGGCUUCUGGGACUAUUCUUCAGCUUAAAUCUUGUAAAAUUAUGCUUGAGUACAAUGUCCUGGGGACUUGUUAAAGGUGUAACGACCGAUUGUUUUAAACGGACCUUUUUUACUUCCCGCCCGCCCUUUUCAGAGUUUGGGUCACGUGGAUUGGAGCCGACGCCUGUCGACGCGCCCUCCGCUAA